GUCGAUGAAGUCGAGGGUAGAGGGCUGCACUAUUUUUCCCCUUCGACUUGGACCCACAGUUUGAGAGGCUUUCCAGUACAAUGUUCUUGCUCAGGGUCACGUACUUAUAUAUUAUUACUGAUGAAGUCUGACUUAACAUUUUCCAUGUAGCAUACGUCGAAUUGUCCAAUAAGGGACUGGACUUCAUGCUUGAAGUCGACUGAUGGCGGAAAUGACGUAAUCACGGAAGCGGAAACACUCAGAGAGUGUUUGAAUGAGCGUGCGUCGCUUGUUGUUCAACUGAGUGUGGUUAAAAUUGUGUGUGUGUGUUUUUUUUUUUAAUAGCUUGGAUAAUACUGUAUAAUGUCAGGUAUACCUCCGGACACAUGGCAACCUCCCACUGUUUCACUGGAGACGACGAUGGGGACAAUUGUGUUGGAACUGUACUGGAGACAUGCACCCAAGACCUGCAAAAACUUUGCUGAACUGGCUAGAAGAGGAUACUACAAUAACACAAAGUUCCAUAGGAUAAUACAGAACUUCAUGGUGCAAGGUGGAGACCCUACAGGCACAGGUCGUGGUGGUGCCUCCAUAUUUGGGAAACAAUUUGAAGAUGAACUCCACCCAGAACUGAAAUUCACUGGUGCUGGUAUAAUAGCUAUGGCCAAUGCAGGACCAGAUUCGAAUGGAAGUCAGUUUUUCCUCACCCUCAGACCCACUCAGUGGCUGGAUGGAAAGCACAGCAUUUUUGGAAGAGUGCACCAGGGGAUGGGAGUGCUGAACCGGAUUGGGCUGGUGGAAACCAAAGGGCAAGAUCGACCUGUUGAUGAUGUAAAGAUUAUCUCAGCUUCUGUGUCCAACUAAUUUUUGUCAAUGCAUACUUUUUAAAGGCUUGCCUGUUUUCAAGUAAUUUUUUUGUAUUUGUUGAAAUAAAAUUGACAGAUGUAAACAUUU